GAUCGACUCUUCCUCCUCAAAAUCCUCGAUUCUUCUGCCUCUCUCCGUCUGUGUCUAUUAUUGUUCGAAUUGCUGCUCCUCGUCUCCGUCACCCGGCGGCGAUCUCCGUCAGGUCGCCGUUAUAACGGCGUGAGAGGACGGACUCUGGUCACCUUCCCCCCCCGGACUCUUAUUCUAGCUUGUUUUCCCCUCCACAUUUCCGAAGGGUUGGGAUGACCAGCCACGCCCGUGGCCCUGGGACGCUUGGCGCGCUGAGGAAGCGGAAGGAGCGCGACGCGUCCGGCCCUGCCCGUCCCCAGCUGGCGAGCUCGGCUGAGCCGGCUAAGGACGACAACCGGCUCCUGGCCGGCUACCUGGCGCACGAGUUCCUCACGAGGGGAACGCUGCUCGGGAAGAGGCUCGGGCCGGACCGGGCCGACCCCGGAAAGAGGCCACCUGAGUCGGGCCCGGCCGAGCCGGUGGGGACGUACAAGGAGGCCUCGUAUUUGUUGAUGCGGGGCGGGGCCCACGUGCCUGGCGUGGUCAACCCCACGGAACUGGCUCGGUGGCUCCAGAUGUGACAAGGAAGGACACGUGGAGAUCAUCCCGUGGGGACGGACUGCAUGUCAUCGUCCUCGAGCCGGUAAGUGAUAAGAAUUUGCCGAUGAAGGACGACGUUCGACUGUUUCCAUCUCGUUUGGGUUCGUCGGUGUCUACUUUCUCGGUGAUGUUUCAUUGGAAAUGGCAGGAUUGUUAGUCCAUGUAUUCCUUCUCUCUUUUCUGUGUUUGCUCGCAUUGAUUUGCCUCGGAAUGAUGGAAACCCUAUUCUCUC